AUGGAAAAAGGGAAGGCAAUUGCUCAGUCCUCUAGGAUAUAUAAACAUAAGGACGCUGAUGUUGAUGAGGAAUAUUUCGACGAAGGUGAUGAUGAUAUGGUAGGGACGAUUUCAAUAAUUCCUACUGAGUAUCUUGGAGAGUGCAAAGGUAAUCCGGAGGAGGAUUAUGAUCAGGAGGAUGAAGAGGCUUUCUCUUUUAUUCGCAUAGAAGAUGAACCAGGGUUUUUUCUUCGCCCUACUGAGAGACAAAUAUCUCAUUUGCGUCCCUUUCACAUUGUUGCUGUUGUGAAUGGGUUCAAAAUAAACAAAGUAUUGAUUGAUGGUGGGUCAGUGAUAAGUCUCUUGCCUGAGAGGAUGCUAGGGAAAUUAGGGAAGCAUUUUGGAGAGUUGGUCCCUACAAACAUUGCUGUGACUGAUUUUAGUGGUAAUUCUACGCCAGCUAAAGGGUUGGUCACAUUGACGGUGAAAGUGGGGUCUCCGAAAAGACAUUCUGUAUUUGUGGUAGUGCCAUCAAAGGCUAGUUAUAACGCCUUACUUGGGAGAGAUUGGAUCCAUGAAGUAGGUGCUGUACCAUCUACAGUGCAUCAGAGUGUGCUUCUAUGGACUAAAGAAGGCAAGCCUGAAAUCGUCAAAGCAGAUUCGAGUCUUUAUGCCGAACAGAUGCAUGUCGAUUUUAGGAUAUAUAAUCGGUGCUACUUGACUUCAGAAGGACUGUCGGUGAAGUUGCGCAAUCCAGAUAUACCCUUCGAGCUGACGGCAUUGAAACCUAAUGCUCGACCUGUGAAACAAACCCCAAGACGUUUUGCUCCUGAAAUCAAUGUAAAAAUUAAAGAAGAGAUAGAACGCUUAGCCAAAGCAAAAUUUAUUCAAAAGGCUCGUUAUGUGGAGUGGGUGUCGAAUAUUGUUCCAGUGAUGAAGGAAAAUGGAAAAUUGAGGGUAUAUAACGAUUUUCGAGAUUUGUAUAAUGCUACUCCAAAGGAUGAAUAUUUCAUACCAAUUGCGGAUAUGUUAAUCGAUUCUGCAGCAGGAAAUGAAAUCCUUAGUUUCAUGGACGGUUAUUCGGGAUAUAACCAAAUUUUUAUUGCGGAAGAUGAUGUGGCUAAAACUGCUUUCCGUUGUCCUGGAGCGUUGGGGACGUAUGAGUGGGUGGUUGGUGCAUGA